AUGCACCCCCAAACUGCAGAAUCACUCUGCUUACCACUCAUUGACCUCCCCUCUCCUCGCACCGUAACUAUGCUUGAUGGGUCAAGCCCCCAGGCUGGAAAAAUCUGGAAGAAGACCUCCCUAACCUUCUCCCUUGAUGGUAAACAAAUGACCAAGACCUUCCUAAUCUGUAACACAGGGUCUCACGCCGCCAUCUUGGGAUUGAAAUGGCUGGACGCGCAUAACCCAGAGAUUGAUUGGAAUACGCAAACCCUCACCUUCCCUCACGCCGUACCAGAACACGUGGCCAUUGCCAAGGAGGAAGAAGCAGACAAGAACCCGCUUGAAGGAGUACCCUCCGAAUACCAUAGAUAUGCCAAGGUAUUUGGAGAGGAGGAAUUCAACAAGCUUCCCCCUCAUAGGCACUACGAUAUUGGGAUUGAGCUCACAGAAGAGGGUCCCCUGAACUCUCCCCUGUACAGCAUGACGGACGCCAAAUCCGCCACUCUCAAGGAUUGGCUCAGGGACGAGUUGAAAGCAGGAAAGAUCCGUCCUAGCAAAUCCCCAAUUAGCUCCCCCGUUAUGUUUGUUCCAAAAAAGGAUGGCUCCCGCCAAUUGGUUGUUGACUACCGCCGCCUCAAUAACCGGACAAAGAAGAACGUCUAUCCGUUGCCUCGCCCAGAUGAUCUCAUGGCCCAGCUCCGCGGCGCCAAGAUCUUUACUAAGCUAGAUCUAAGGUGGGGGUACAACAAUGUCCGGGUAAAAGAAGGAGACGAAUGGAAAACUGCCUUCCGCACCAAAUAUGGCUUAUACGAGUCCCUGGUCAUGACUUUUGGCCUGACAAACGCACCCGCGGCUUUUCAACACUUUAUGAACGAGUUAUUCAAAGACUUGCUCGAUGUAUGCGUCAUCAUUUACCUUGAUGAUAUCCUUAUUUACUCCAAGGAUGACGCAUCACACACGCAACAUGUUCAUGAGGUCCUGAAGCGGUUAAUGGAGAACCAGCUAUUCUGCAAGGCAUCCAAAUGCACCUUUCACGUCACCUCUGUGGAAUACCUUGGGAUCAUUGUCUCUGAUAAGGGCUUUAGUCUGGAUAAGCUCAAGAUCCAAGCGGUUCAAGAAUGGCCGGUACCUACUAAGGUUAAGGAAGUUCAAUCGUUCCUAGGCUUUGCCAACUUUCUUUGUUGCUUUGUCGCCAACUUUAGCCACAUAGCCAGGCCGUUGCACAACCUUGUCAAGAAGGACAUACCCUGGAAAUGGGAAGUAAAGGAGCAGGAAGCAUUCCAAAAUCUAAAGGAUGCUAUUACCAACGCACCGGUAUUGUGCCACGCCGACCCUACUAAGCCGUACUUCCUUGAGACCAAUGCCUCAGGCGCAGCACUGGGUUCCAUUCUAAGCCAAAGACAGGAAGAUGGGCGUCUCCACCCACUAGGGUUCCUGUCAGAAUCCUUCAAAGGGGCCAAACAGAAUUACAAUACCCACGACAAGGAACUCCUGGCCAUCAUUUGGUCAUUUGAAUACUGGCGCAUCUUUCUAGAAGGGACCCUGCAUCCAAUCACCGUCUUCACGGAUCACCGGAACUUGGAAUACUGGAAGGAAUCUUGCACUUUCAAUCAACGCCAUGCCCGAUGGCACCUACUACUGGCUGGCUAUAACUUCCAGAUUGUAUACAGACCCGGUAAACAGUCAGGGAAGCCAGAUGCACUGUCACGCCAAGCAGACCAUGCCAAUAUUCCCCCCGCGGAUCAAACCAUGCUCCCAGACCCUGUCUUUGCCAACGUUGCGCUAGUCUUGCCAGAAAAGGAACUACAACGCCAGAUCAAGCAAUCCCUAGAUCAAGACGAGUCUUUGGAGGAAAUCCUCCAAUUCCUCCAAAACAAAUCAAAGGCACCACCUUCCAUCAAACGAGCAUUCAAGGAUUACAAAAUGGAAGCCGGGUUGCUAUUCUACCAAGGACAAAUUGUAGUACCAGAUGUAGGUACCCUAAGGACGGACUUGCUACGGAUAUUCCACGAUAGCCCCUUAGCUGGUCAUCCUGGUAGACAACGAACCCUAGAAUUGGUCUUGCGCAACUACUACUGGCCAGGCAUCCGUGCGGACACCUAUUGGCACGUGGACUCCUGUGAAACAUGUCAACGAAUCAGGAAGCCCAAGUAUGCGUCUAUCCCACCUCAGCCCCUAGAACUUCCAACUAGACCCUGGCAACACGUUUCUUACGACAUGAUCGUGGACUUACCUAAGGACGGAAACCACAACUCAAUCCUGGUCAUCAUUGAUAGCUUCACCAAGUACGGGAUAUUUGUCAAAUGCUCCAAGAAGCUGAAAGCCCCGGAACUAGCAGAAUUAUUCCUGGAACACGUAUGGAAACGGCACGGCAUGCCCAAGAAAACAAUUUCAGAUAGAGGGAGAGUGUUCAACAACAAGUUCCUGAAGGCGCUGUACAAACGUCUGGGAAUAGACCCCCACUUCUCCUCGGCGUAUCAUCCCCAGAGCAACGGACAGACAGAACAAGUCAACCCAUCCAUCGAACAUUUCCUCAGGGCAUACUCAGGGGUCAACCAACAAGACUGGACCAAAUGGCUGCCAAUGGCUGAAUUUGCCUACAACAACGCGGUACACAGUAGCACCGGAAAAACUCCCUUCAAAGCCCUGUAUGGAUGGGAGCCCACCUUGACCCCGUCCAACGUACCAACAGAUGUUCCGGAAGCAGAUGACCUUGCCCAGACAAUGGAGGCACAAUGGAAGGAAGUAGAAUCCGCCUUACGGCAAUCCAAGCAACGAAUGAUAGCCGGAGAAGACAGGAACCCAGUGGAAUUUGAGGUCGGAGAAGAAGCGUGGCUGGAUUCCAAGAACGUAAAUCUCAAGACCCUGAGCCCCAAGUUAACCAAGCGACGCUUAGGGCCAUUCAAAGUUAUUGAGAAGAUAUCCAACCGCGCCUACCGACUUGAGCUACCCCCAACUAUGCGUAUCCACAACGUCUUCUAUGUGGGACUCCUAUCCAAGGUCAAAAGGGACAAGAAACGCGCCUUCAAAAAUCGUCCCCCACCAGUCACCAUAGACGGAGAAGAGGAAUAUGAAGUGGAGGGGAUCACUGAUGCCAAAGAAAGGAACAGAGAAUGGUUUUUCCGAGUCAAAUGGAAGGGUUAUGGGUCAGAAGAGAACACGUGGGAGCCCAGGGAGAACCUAAAAAACGCAGGGAAAAUUUUGGAGAAAUAUGAGAAGGACAUGAGAAAGAAGGCCCUCGACGCCGCCAAGGCCCUUAGAGGGGGGCAGUGUCGCAAACGGAGAACAUUUUCGAUCACGUGA